AGCAAAAGCUGUUGAACUGAUGAUCGGUGUCAAGACAGGACGUCAAUCAGAAGACAGAAGACGAAGGUUUGCGCUGGCAGGGCCUGUUGUAGGCCUCCGAGAAGGAAUGGCCUCUUAUUGUUGAACAGGUCAAGAAAGCUUGCUGCCAAUGCGGGUUGGUUCAAUAAGUCACAAGUGACUCGAGCGGCCUUGCAAUUCACUAUCUGCAAGCAUCCUAUCAAAAGUUUGACCGGACUGUAGGGCUCUGUAACUCGAGUGGCUGACAACAAUGGCGCCGCGUCCACCCCGAAAGAUCCCAGAGUUCACGGAGGUCGAUUACAAGACUAAGGCAGGGGUGGCCUGGAGCCACAACUACCUGAAUCAGAAGCCAUGGCACCCUAUGAGUUACCCCAACCAGCGCCGCAAGUGGAUUGCGGAGCAGGAGCAUGCCGUGCGGGAGCAGCAGAAGGGGGUUGCAGCCAAAGAGUUUGCGGAGGAGCAGGAGUUUUUCAAAGAGGCAGCCUUGCUGAGCGAAAGUGAGCGCAAAAGGAUUGAGCUGGCUCAGGCAGUCAGCUUCAUGUACCAGCGCCCCCCAGGGUACAAUCCCGACAUCGACAUCAAGCGCCAGGAGAAGCCGGAAGAGAAAGCGGAGGAAGCCAAGAAGCCACGGGCCAAGGACGUCUUUGGCAGGAGCAUUGCGACGGGGGAGGAGUUUGAGGCUCUCAAGGACGCCCCCAAGCUCGAAACUGGCAUUGUGGGCAAGGCCAAGCCGUUCGGCAUCGAGAUCCGCAACGUCAAGUGCGCGCGCUGCGGUGCGUUCGGACACCAGAGCGGCGAACGCGACUGUCCGCUGCGGGACGUUCUGAUGCCGGGAGAGGCCGAGCGGCAGAAGAGGGAGGAUCCGCUCCAAGCAAUCCUGAACACAGUACCACAGGAAGCGCCCAAGUGGACCCUCAAAGACGGCGGACGCAGCCCGCCCCGCGGCGGCUUCGACCCAACCGCUGAGAACCAGCAGAUACUGCCGCCGGACGAGAUGGAGUGGCAGAUGGCAGCGGAAGCAGAUGCUGGCGCGACUGAGAUGCAGCCUAUAGACGAGAGCAUUCUGGCGCAGCUUUCUAAGAGCGAGCGAAAGGCGCUCUUGCGCGCUUACAACGGUUCCAAAGUCCGCGUGGAAGACAAACGGAAGGAGCGGAAGAAGCGGAAGAAGCACCGAAACAAAAACCGUGAGUCCAGCGAGAGCAGCGAGGAAAGUUUGGACAGUUCGGACAGUUCGGAGGACAGAAAGAAGCGACGGAAAAGAAGGCGACGAAAGAGGGAUGUUACGAGCAGCGAGAGCGAAGGUAGUUCGGAGUCGGAGGAUAGGGAGAGGCAACGGCGGCAUAGAAAGAAGGGUUUGGGCUUUGGAGUUUGAGCGUGAACGGAAGCGUUUGACUGCCAAACGGAAGGAGGAGGAUGGACAGACAGGAAUGGACCGGAACGAUGAGUCGGCGGACGUGUCUCGGGAGUCGAUCAGGAACGGGGGGCAGAAAGGGGAAGCGGUCCAAAAACGAAAGGAGUUGGACGGUCCGGAUAGUGGGGGGCGGAGAGAUGCGGACGAGGAACGGCGACGUGGGACGGAGAGGCCCGACAAUGCGGAAGAACGGAGGAAGGAAAGAAAGGAGCGGGCCAAUGACGAGAGGUGGGAAAGAAACGGGAGCUCUAAAGAUGAGCGCUCACGAGAGCAACAGGGGCGAAUGGAAGAUCGAUCGGAGGGGAGAAGUGUGAGAAAGGAAGCAAGGGACCGGGGGGAAGGAGAUGACCGGGCGAGGGCCCGAGAUGGGGAUGUUAGGGGCAGUAGUAAAGAUGACAAAAAAGUGACCGAGCCGAAAAAUGGCCGAGAACGAGAGCGGGAGAGAGGGUUUGAGCGCGAUGAUAAAAAGGACAGGACAAGGUAUGACAAGGAACGGGAAGGCAGAAGGGAAAGGGGGGAAAACAGGCACAUGCGCUGAGUUUUUGGUAUGAUUCCUUGUUCCGGUCACGAGCACUUAUAUCUCAGAAUCCAUCGCACCCUGUCUGCUGGGUUCUCUAUCUGGGCAUACCAGCCUUUUCAAAACGUGCGGUGCAUUGCAUGCCAGAAACUAACAAGCACCGUCUUGAACCUCUCUGUCCCCAUGUCCAUUAGAUUGCGGGUUGCAUGCUGGUAAUAAGGACGGGUUGAAUUGAAAAGCGAUAACUGACAAUACAUGGUUGGGC